GAGCACAUGUGAAAUGCGUGAAGUGUGAAGGCAGAAAGGAUCAAAAUUAAAUAUGCCGCUCUCUUCCUCGUCAACCUUUGGUCUAUAUUUGUAUGAGAUGAGAUAUGGGAAGAAGCAUUAACAGUGACGAAGAUGAUGAUGGAGGCGAAUAAUGCCAUAGCAGCUGAAAGAGAGAGAGAAGAAAUGGAACAAGUGAGGCUAUUGGAGUACGAGAUUAAGGUGGAGGAUGGUAGUGGUGGGAGCGGAUCUUCCGACACUGCGGGGAUAGGACAAGCAACUAUUGACUUAAUAAAAGAAACUGAUGGAGAUACAGAAUUCAAACUUGAGAAGUUGUUAGAGGAGCCGGAUUCACAUACGUUCUUCUGUCUGAAUUGUAAAGCUUGCAUCGAAAAUAUUAAUGUCGUUCGUCGGGAAGAACUGAAUCCAAUACAAUACGCAUUCGUCUCCAACUUUCUGAUCCCUCCAGUGCAUCGAUAUGCCAUGGAAUGUAGCACGGCCCCGGCGCAGCCCGUUCCAGGCGUACCUGAAAAGAAAUGGGACAUUCUAGAAAGCAUUGUGUAUGGUGGUUUACUAGAAUCAAUUGCAAGCCUCAACAUUGUAACAUCUGCAGCCGGUGCUGAUGCUACCGCUUUGAAAAUUUUAGCUUUGGGAUUGGCGAAUCUGAUUGGUGGACUCUUUGUGAUUGGACAUAAUCUUAUGCAACUUAGAAAUGAUCAAUCUGGAGAGUUUAGUGCUGAUCAAAUAAACGAAGAAACGAGUCGUUAUCACCGAGAGCUGGGUCCAAGAGAGAAUUUCAAACUUCAUACAAUAGUGAUCGUGUUAUCAUUUCUCCUUUUCGGCUUAGUGGCUCCUGUGACUUACAGCUUCUCAUUUCUUAAGAGCGGCAACAAGGAUCUCAAACUCGCAGCAGUUGCAGCAGCUUCUCUGGUGUGCAUCACUGUGCUUGCUAUUGGAAAAGCUUACACCCAAAAGGCAUCCCGUUUUUUUAGGUACGUCAAAACCGUAUUGUCUUUUGUUAUUCCCGGGUUUAUGGCAUCAGGAGUGUCUUACGUAGUUGGUCAUCUAAUCAAGAAGCUCUUGGAGAAGCUGGGUUUGUUUGAGUCAAGUUCAGCUUUCACUCUGUCCCUUCCUGGGACUGCAACACCAGAAUCCGGAUGGGGAUUCUAUUGAGGAGUGCUGGAAGUUGACCUUUAAAUCUAGAGGAUCCAACCAAUAAAUUAAUGAUUGGGACUGAUGGUAGUUUCUUCUCAGUUUCCACCUACUUUUCACUUGGCUUAUUGUAAGACAUAUUUGCCUUGCGAUAUUGGUAUCGGUAGUAUUGCUUUA